AGACACAUUCUCAUUAAUGUAGAAUGAAGUGUUUCUACAGGACUGACUGAAGGUAGGCAGCAGCUCUGUAGAGACAUAUCGACUGUAAAAAGAGGACUAGGCCCAGAGAGGGAGGCAGAAAAAGUGCAGCAGAGCUCUCGCUGCUGUCGGCGUGGUUCCGGCUGGAUUCGUUUUGCAGGCUGUUUGGGAAUAAAACGGGCGCAGAUCCUGCACAAGAAUGUGCAGUUUUCAGAGGGGCGGAGACAAGCUCCCUUUGCAUCCACAGAGAGUAGAGCUGCAGCCUCACUGUAGGCUGCUGCUGCUGCUGGAGAGAAUAGCACAAGUUUACAAUAGGAAACAAAAGGUUUGCUCUCGGUACCUCUGGGCCAUAAUGGGUGGAUAUUUUUCGGAGUCGAGCCACACAGUCACACAGCCCGGUAGGCAUUUUUGUCGCUGCUGCUGAACUAACCAGAAUCGUCCACGGUGAAGUGACACAGGGAAUCGAACAAGUGACCCGCCUAACAGAGUUAGAAGUGCGGCUUGUUGAGAGGGACGCUGCGUUUAGGCGAGGAGGAAGCCCCACACGGCUGUUUGAAGCGGAUAGCAGCCUGUUUUUCCUGUGCGUAAUGCUCGAGAGCUCCCUCCGCGGCUGUUUCCCCGUGGGGUGGCUCUAAAAAGUGGACUGUCGGGUUGGUUCUCUCCAUCCACUAAAAACCUGCAUGGAACAAAGUGUGCUUUAUGAAACAUAACCUGGAUCCAGGCGGUUUGUCAGCGUUGGUCUGUAUGUGGUAACACUUUUAUCCCAAGAGUCCAGCAACGUAAAUCAUCACCAUGAGGACCACCGAGGAGCCGGAGGGCUUUGACGGCGAGGCCUCCAACACUUCCAUGAUCUCCGGGGCCAACAGUCCCUACCAGCCCACCACGGAGCCAGUCCACGCGAGGAACGUUCUGGGGGGGAUAAGGUGCGACUUGGAGUACCUCAAGUCCUACUUCGGGAUAUUAAAGGUGGUUGAAGUGGUUCUAUCACUCAUUGCUUUCAUCUGCAUAGAGACCAUCAUGAUGUGCUCUCCCUGUGGAGGGGUCUACUUCUUCGAGUUUGUCAGCUGCAGUGCCUUUGUGGUGACGGGAGUCCUCCUCCUCAUCUUCAGUCUCAACCUGCACACCAAGGUGCCCCACAUCAACUGGAGCCUCACGGAUCUGGUCAACACGGCUGCCAGCACCUUCUUCUUCUUCUUGUCUUCUCUGGUGCUCUCCUGCAUCAACCACAACACUGGAGCUGAAAUAGCAGCAGUGAUCUUCGGCUUCCUGGUGACAGGUGUGUACGGGAUAAACACUUUCCUGGCGGUGCGGAGGUGGCGCCUUGGCAAUGGCUGCCAGGGUGCAGCUCAGACCAGCGAGUACAUGCGCGCACGCACGGCCUCUCGUGGAGAGAUGGAGGCGAGACCUGAGCUUGCAUGAGUGCAGACGCACAAUCAGAUGGACUAAGGGAAAGCCACAAUACUGGCAGCUGACUGAGAGGGACCCUACUCUACUCUUUGAACAGGUUUUCACUCAAGUCAAGAGUAGAAGGGCCAUCUUCAUCUCACAAAAAUGCUUUUGCUUUUCAUCAGGACGCCUCAGCUGUGCUUUCCGCCCGCAGAGCAAGGGAGUGCGCCUUCAUUUCACAGGCACAGAUGAGCUCCGUGUGUGGCUUUGUGGCUUUUUCCAGUGACACAUAAAGACUGUAAAGAGAAGAGCUGGAGUCAGAUUUAAGGGUGUUUUCUCUGAAACUUUUCAUCCGGCGAUACUUCUAACUUUUAGUGACGGAUGACCGCCAUGAAAAACUUCUAGAAGAAAAGGCUGACUUCACUCCAGCGUAGGUGUGGACUUUUUGCUAACACUUUUAGAGUUUCACUGUGAAAGAAGUCGACGUAAAGACGGUCAGCUUUUGUACAGCUUCUGCUCUUUCACGCUGCUUUUUGUGAAUCUGUGGCGAUAGAUCAAGACCGCCGCAAGACCUGCAACCCACUGUGACCCACAAAAGCCUGCAGUACAGAAGCGUCAUGAUUUUACUGUUUUAUUGCGAGGCUGACAUUAAAUAUUAACUCUACAGAUUUCCCACGCUGACAUCAUACGGCUUUACAAUCACCUUUAUGACCCUUAACAACCGCUCCCACGAGAAAUGAAUAACAGGGUUGUAAACACUACAGUAAAGACGAGCAGUACAUGCAGAAGUGAGGUCCAAAAAUGUUCUCUCUACCAUUCCUGAAAUCGUUACUUUGAGGUUACAUGAGGUCAACACUGUGAGCUAGAAAUAGGUCAAAUCAGACAACAUUGUAAAUACUGACAUCUUCACUUUUGUACUCGUCAGAGGCGUGGGAUUGCACAAAUGUUGACGUUGCAUUUGUGGGAUUCAUUCAUAGCCUGUUAAAAAAAUCAACGCCCUCAGCCUUUACGCUAUAUCUCAGGUAUCAACACACCUUUCAAUCUGUCAUUCUUCAAAAUGAUCUGAAAUGAAACCACAGGGUGCCUCAACAUGAACGCUGUACUUUGUAAUGCCUUCAUAUUUAUUACACACCAUUGGAUGAUCCUGAAGAGAGGAAUAGGAGAAUAAUUGAAGUAAAAACAGAGAAAAGGAAGGAUGGAAACACGGUACAUUUAGCGUCAUUAUCACAGCUGUUACUCUGUAUUUGGUUUAAUGGAAGUGUCUGUGUAUCUACAGUAUAUUAUCACACCUCAUGUAAUAUAAAUUUUGAUAUCAUUCCACAUCACAGCGGUUUUAAAGCUUGCACAUACAGAGAGCAAGCAUUCUUAACAUUCCUUUAAUCCUGGCCAAUGUAAUGAAAAGAGGCUUCAUCUUAAAAAACACAACAGAUUUUCUUUUUUAGGAGGAAGGAAGAACAAUCAAGCUACUUUACUUUUAAUACGUUAUACUAAUGCAUUGAACCUACACUACGACUAUAACUGUGUUUAAGUUGUUAUUUGAGACCUCUUUAUGUAUAUAGGGCUUGAGUGAGUUUGUGCAGGGUCCGGAUCGACUCGACUCUAUGGCGCCCUCUCCUGGUCUUCAUCUGAAAUGUACUUCAAUGAUUUGAGUGGACUGACUGUUGAGUUAGAUAACUACAGUAGUGUGCAGUGUGUGUGUGUGUUUGCAAGGAAGGACCAGAAAUGUUUUGACUGCAGGUUAAAAAAUCAAACAUAAAAACUGUAUGGCUUCUAAACAGCUGUAGACAUUUUGACACUAACAGCUUGCUUUGUUAAUUUUUCUUUUGAUUUGAGUAAUUUAUAUCAUGUACUGCUAUUUCUACUGCUUUGGUGACUGUAGUAGUUUAACGCCUGGACAAUCAUAUUUGUUACUUACAUGAUGUUUCUGAAGUAUGUAAAAAAAUAUUCACUUAAACAUUUGUACAGCAAAUUUUGCAACACACUUUUACAGGUGCAUCUUAAUGUGUUGAGUGAUGAUAUAAACUGAAGAUCAUAUCUGUCAAAAUCCUUCAA